AUCAGCGAGGAGGAUUUCUCCUCCAGCGAAGAUGACCACGGCGACGACAACGACGACGAUGACGGGCCCGAGUUCGACGCGCAGUUGCAAGGUCCGUCUGCAGAAAUGGAGAUCGAAGGCGAUUUCAAGCGCCUCAUCGAAAAUAUACGCUCCACAGAGGGCGAUCCGAACGCUAAUGUGCUGACCAAGGACUGGGACUUCAACAUCGAGGAGCGGGACGUCCUGUUCCACGAGGAUCUCCGAGCGGCAUCUGGCAUCGGGCGCAGAAAGCGCAAGCGAGGCAGACACGCCGGCAUCGCGCUCUCACACCAAGUGCGGGCUCUCAUCGGAGAGGGAAACCAGGCCUACGUCGACGCCGACAUCCCCGAAGCGAUGCGCGUCAUGCAGGAAGUGAUUCGCAUCGAGCCCCGUGCAGCCGCGGCGUGGCUCGUCCUGGCAAAGUGCCACACCGACCUUGGACAGCCCCACAAAGCGCUGCAGCUGCGCAUCAUGGGCGCGCAUCUGCACCACGAUGCGGAGGAGUGGGAUCACCUCGCCCGAGAAUCCAGGGAGCUGGGCUUCAAGCAGCAAGCCCUGUACUGCUAUGGAAAAGUCCACAGCCUCGACCAGACGAACAUCAAUGCCCUCUGGGACAGGGCUGCGCUCGCAAAAGAGCUCGACGAUAACCGCAUAGCACGCAAUUCGUUGGUGGCGAUUCUCAAGCAGGUUCCGCACGACCUCACCAUCUUGGAGGAGCUGCGUCCGGUCUUGAUCGACCUUCACGAGCUCGCUCUCUGCGCGUCUCUCUUCCAGAACGCGUUUGUGCAUUACUCGUCUACAUACCCCUCCGGACGUGGCGUUCAUCCCGAGACCGGCGCCGACGUUCCCGGCGGCGGGUUUGGUCUGAUGGAGCUGCUUGUUCUCGCGGAUUUGUACAACAGCCUAGGCGAGCACGACAAGGCUGUGCAUGCCAUUCGAAGCGGGUGCCGGUGGCUGCAGGGCCGAGCGCAGCAGAAAUUCUGGGACGCAUGCGAGGACGACAGGGAGUAUGACGUCGGCGAGUGGAGGGCUCCCCUCCCGGGCAGAGACGAGGAGGUCGUUCCCGGGAGGUAUCCGCUGGACGUCAACGCGAGGCAUCGUCUGGCUGUCGCGAGAAUCAAGAUGCACGAGACGGAUGAGGGAAUUAUGCAUGCGAACAUCGUGCUCUCGCAAGACGUCCUGGACUAUGCCCCGCUGUUCGGAGAGAUCGCGGAUGCAUACUACGAGCGUGAGAUGUAUGCGCAAGCGAAGCCGAUCUACGAGAUACUGGGCCACGAUGCCGGGACUAGCAGUUUGUACGUCCUCAUCCAAGUGGCUCGAUGUUGUCAUAUGCUAGGGGAGCUGCACGAAGCGGCCGAGGUUUAUGAACACGUCAUCUCGGCCGACGAUACACAAAACGAAGUCAAGAUGAGCCUCGCAGAGAUAUACGAGGUGUUGAACGAGCCUCGAAAAGCGCUCAAGCUGGUGUAUGAAGUCAUCGACUCACGCAAACGGAGACCGCGCGAGGCGGCGGAGUCUGCUCAGGCCUCAGAACCGCAUCUUGUCUCGUUGUUUGAAGAGACGGCAAGAAACAAGGGCAAGGCGACCGGGAAGGCGCAGCACAGGCUCACUAUCACGCAACUGCGCGAGCUCGAGGAUCAAAAAGAGAGAGAAAUGCAGCAAUUCUACCGUCGUGUCCAGGAUUUGUGGCCGGCCAUGAUGAGGCCAGUUGGCGCGGAGGGCCAGGAACUCGCUGAGAGAGAAUGGCUGUUGGAAGCGGAGAAAAUGAUAGAGGCAUUCCGAGAGACAAGGAAUUUGUUUCUGACUGUCAGGUACAUGCAGAAUCCGUUUAGGGGGAUGUUCCCCACCCGCAAAAAGGGCAAGAAACCUGAAGUCAACGAGAACGACAUGUUGUCGCGGUUACAGCUUGAUCUUGGUGCGUUCCUGCCUCUCUCAGUCCCGAGAUGUGCUCACACUUUCCUGGCAGAGCAUGAUCGGGCUCAUCGAUCGAGAAAAGACGACGAGCACGCUGACAAGGUGGAUAUAUUUAGGGGAGUCACAUUCGACGAUUGGUUGAAGGUAUUCAUGCAGUACGCCUUUCUUCUCACCAAACGUGGCCAGUACGAAACUGCUGAGGAAGUGCUCCGACACCUCAUGCUCUCCAACGCCUAUCAGAAGGCUGAGACCCAGAUCACCAUACGGCUAACCCUCAUAGCAUGCGCCAUUUUCGAAAAGCGUCAUGCUGUAGUGGUUGAACAGUGUCGCAAGAUGAUCAACAACAACCAGUUCAAUAACGAGCCCUUUCGUCUGCUCACGGCUUCCCUUGCCAGCGGAUUUCGUUCCACAGAUUUGUUCAUCACCUCUACCCUGCAGAAGCAUAUCUUCCGGGAAAUUAAACUCAGCGAUGCGGCAGUCAGGAAUAAAGACAACUUGAGGUGGAACGGACCAACCCGCCGGUGGGCUUUCAAUGUGAAGGGAGGUGAUACAGAGGAAGUGGAAGACGACCGCGACGAGAAAGACCGGGAGGGUACGCCAGAGGAAAGUCCAAGCGCACGGAUUACGCCCAUGCCAACGAAAAAUAAUCCGAUCCUGGUGGCGACAUACGGGCAGAUCAGUAUCGCGGCAAAGAGCUAUCAAAGUGCGAUCUUCUACUUGCUUCACGCGUAUGAUUAUUGCCCAGACGAUGCCAUGGUUUGUUUGAGCUUGGCAAUCGCAUGCAUGGGUCGCGCAAUGCAACGUCAAGCGGACAAUCGACACCAUCUAGUCGCACAGGCAAUGGCAUUCUUAUCCCGCUAUCGUUCCCUUCGGCAGUCAGAUGCUACCGGCCUGGACGAAGUAGAGUUCAAUUUCGGCCGAGCGUUUCAACAAUUAGGCCUGCAUUCGCUCGCUGUCAAGCACUACGAACGUGUGUUGGAAAUGGCAGAAGACAGGCAGGGUACGAAUUCCGAAGAUGUCGGACUCGCGAGGGAGGCUGCAUAUAACCUCUCGUUGAUAUUCGUGACUACAGGUGCUGCGCCGUUGGCAGAACAGCUGUACCGCCGCUGGUUAUCACUGUAAAUCUUUAUCGCGCCAGUCUGUUGAUAGCGUGUC